CUUCGCAGCUAGUUUUGCAUUGUCUUGUAACAGCAGGUGGCGUAGAUGGUGGAUCUUGACCUGGUGAAAGGAUUAUCAAUCUGUGGCAGUUCCUACCAACUUUACACUGACUGCAUCACAAGUCCUCGCCAAUAAAGUGUCACAGUUGGUGGUGUCGUUAUCCGCGGCAGACUGAAAAUCAUACUCAUGGCCUGGAUGAGAACAAACUGGCCUGGAUUGAACAACUGCGAGGAACAACAUUCGCAAAGGAGAAAAAGAAAGCACGGUCCCUAAGGAGACGCUUGGUGUUUGGUACCAUGGAUCACACAAGUCCAGGCAGCUGAGAGACUGCCCUGAUAAUGGAGGAACUGGCUUGCGUCUUCUCCCCACACUCCAUCUCAAGAGCCGAAUUUUCGUGGAUGGUGUCUUAGAAACUUGUGGAAAGAACUGUCGCAAUCAGAAUGCCAAUUCAGCCUAAAUGACGGUUCCUAUCCGUAAAGUGAACUUGGUACAAAUGAAGUAUGUAGCACGAUUUGAAACGCAGACUCGGUCAGUAUGGAAGAGCAGACUACCCCUGUGAUUCAGAUUUACAUGAAUGGCACUGAGAGUCUUAAUGCUUCUUAUGACUUCAACGUCACCGAUGUCAAAGAAAGCACCUACGAGUUCUACAUCAUCGGACUGUUUCUCUCCUGCCUUUACACCAUUUUUCUCUUCCCCAUCGGCUUCAUCGGUAACAUCCUCAUUUUGGUGGUCAACCUCAACCACCGUGAGAAGAUGACUAUCCCUGAUCUCUACUUUGUGAACCUGGCGGUGGCGGACCUCAUUCUGGUGGCGGACUCGCUAAUCGAGGUCUUCAACCUCAAUGAGAAGUACUACGACUACGCCGUGCUGUGCACCUUCAUGUCUCUUUUCCUCCAGGUGAACAUGUAUAGCAGCAUCUUCUUCCUGACAUGGAUGAGUUUCGACCGCUAUGUGGCCCUCGCCAGUUCCGUGAGCACCAGUCCGUUGCGAACCAUGCAGCACGCCAAGCUCAGCUGCGGCCUCAUCUGGAUGGCGUCCAUCUUAGCGACUCUCCUUCCUUUCACCAUCGUACAAACGCAGCACACCGGCGAGGUGCACUUCUGCUUCGCCAACGUCUUCGAGAUCCAAUGGCUGGAGGUGACGAUUGGAUUCCUGGUGCCCUUCUCCAUCAUCGGCUUGUGUUACUCGCUGAUCGUUCGGAUCCUCAUGAACGCUCAGAAGCACAGGGGGCUCUGGCCUCGCCGGCAGAAGGCCCUGCGCAUGAUUGUGGUGGUGGUGCUAGUUUUCUUCAUCUGUUGGCUCCCAGAGAACGUCUUCAUCAGCAUCCAGUUGCUCCAAGGCACGGCCGACCCAUCAAAGCGUAGCCAGACCACGCUGUGGCACGAUUACCCGUUGACCGGACACAUCGUCAAUCUGGCCGCCUUUUCAAACAGCUGCCUGAACCCGAUCAUUUACAGCUUCCUUGGAGAGACGUUCAGGGACAAGCUACGACUCUUUAUCAAGAGGAAGGCCAGUUGGUCAGUGGUCUAUCGCUUUUGCAAUCACACCUUAGACUUGCACAUUCCCGUCAGGAGCGAAUCAGAAGUGUAGAAUCUCACAAGUGCAGGUGCUUGAAGAUGUCGACUGUUAAACAUAUGAUCUUUGAUUUUUCUUUUUUAAAUGAAGCUUUGCAGAGCUUUUUGAGUCAGGACAGACAAUUUGGUUCAAGAAAGAGGGACUCGUGUGUUUGCUUUAUUCCUAAAGUCAGCAUGAGUAAAACCAGGAAGAUUCAGGGUACCACAUGUGGGUGAAAUGAAAUACAA